GUGACAGGAGCAAUUCCCUCAUGCAGCCGGUUUUUUGGAUUGAAGGCAAUAUGCCUUGCAAAAAUCUGAAUGUGUUUUGUCGGAAGUUACCAUUUGGCCAGCGCUGCUGUGGCUCUUCUGUCUGCCAUAUCAGAUCAUUUCUUUCUGGCACUUGUGUGAGCUGUAUCCCAUUUGAGGAGAUGAAGGACUGGUAG